CAAUCAAUCACUCACUCACCACUGUUUAUUAUUAAUAUGUGUCAAUUGGGAUUCACUAUAUGAUAUUAGAACAAAACCCUUCCUCAAAUCCUACUCUUCUCACAGUUGAGAGGUGUCCAUUGUUCCUCAAAUAUCUAUCAAACUCGAAUGGGAAAUGUUGUGGAAUUGAAGGUGGGCUUGCACUGUGAGGAAUGCAUCAAGAAAAUCCUGAAGGCCAUCAAGAAGAUCGAAGAUAUCGAAACAUAUAAUGUGGACACAGAGCUGAACAAGGUGAUUGUGACUGGUAAUGUUACCACAGAACAAGUCAUCAGAGCUCUUCAGAAGAUUAAGAAGAACGCAAUCCCUUGGGGCCAAGAAGACGAAGCAACUUCUUGAAUGAUUUAGUUUUCUAUCUAAGCACCUGCUACCUAGUGUGGUAUAGAUCACUUCAAAUUUUUGUGUAAUUCAAUUUCUAGCUAUGAGUUACAAUAAAAAGCUGUCAUCUUUCUUUCA